AUGAACCUGAUUCAGGAAUCUGUGUUGCGACAAGAAGUCACAACACAAAGGAGCAAGGACACUCUUAAUAAUAUGACAGCCAUGAUGCAAUGGCAGGUCAACAGGCAGUUCAAGAAGGACCGUGAGGCUGCCAUAGCCAGAAUUCCAAAUCCGGAUGCUGUAGUCCAGCAGCUAGACCUUCCCUAUGGUCCCCCACCAGGAUUGGCAUGGCCAUAUCAAGAGAAUCCUCUUAUUGCACAGAUAGCUGGGAUGCCAGAACGUGGGGAAGUUCAGGCUGGACAAAGGGGAGAAGCCCUUCUUGUCCAAGAACGUGAGGCCCAAGCUCGACCAGAAGGCCCUACACUAGAUCAACCUUUGACACUUCUACCUGAGCCACCAGCAGUGUUGCCUUAUAGACCUAGAAGGAUGGAUCCCAAUCCAUUCCCUCCACCUGCAAGAGGCAGAAGAGGCGGAAGGGUAAUAACCUUUUUGCCAACAAUGACAGGAACAGGCUGGGGGCAAACUGGAGGAAUAAUCCAAAUCUGGAAGAACAGGAAGAACACAGGGAGGAAGUUCUGCCCAUGCCAUACAGAGCGGAGCCUAGGAUUGAUCAUGCCUAGCCAGAACAAGGGCGAAAUCACCACCAUGUCAAUGCUCUGA